CACAGGAAGUUGUCAUGCCGUAGAGUGAGUUGGCACGUAUACCGGAAGUACAUUAGUGUGAAGUGGAGUUAGGGUGCAGCAGAAGUUUUGACAGAUUCCUGCAGGCCUUUCUGCGAAUAUUACUGAUUUUACUUCACAUUCUACUUGCAGGUAGCCGUCAUGAGUCUUCAAUGGACAGCCGUGGCUACAUUUCUUUAUGCCGAGGUAUUUGCGAUACUACUACUAUGUGUCCCGUUCAUCUCCCCAAAACGAUGGAGCAAAAUUUUCAAGUCUCGCCUGGUCACUGUCAUUGCGACAUAUGGAAACACUGCCUUCAUCGUCAUCAUUUGUAUCCUUGUCUUUCUGCUCGUAGAUGCAUUUAGAGAAGUGAGAAAAUACAGUGUGUCGGAGAAAGUGGAUCUGAGCAACAACCCUGUGGCCAUCGAGCACAUCCACAUGAAGCUGUUCAGGGCCCAGAGGAACGAAUACAUCGCCGGCUUCGCUCUUCUCCUGUGUUUGCUGUUGAGACGUCUGGCCACACUGCUGUCUCAGCAGGCUACACUGAUGGCCUCUAAUGAAGCCUUUAAAAAGCAGGCGGAGGGAGCAAACGAUGCUGCGAAGAAGUACAUGGAGGAAAAUGAGAAACUGCAGGAGAAACUGCGGCAAGCGGGUGUUGAAGUGCCUGAAGUGGGUGGGAAGGCCAAGGGUGGUGUGGAGGAAGAUAAGAAAAAUCUGACAGAAGAGGUCAGGAAACUGAAGGAUGAACUCGACGCAACCAAGAAAGCUCUUCAGAAGUCUGACAGUGAUGUGAAGGCCAUGAAGAAGCAGGCCGAGAACCUCACAACAGAGUACGACCGUCUGCUGGAGGAACACGCCAAACUGCAGGCCAAAUGUGACGCUCAACAGGACAAGAAGUCAGACUGAACGAAGACCAUCAUGCACCUGCUCUCUUUCCUGCAUCCUCAUUGGCUGAUAGCAGCUCAGCUGGGCUGCGCAUCACUCCUCUGGCUGUGUAAGAACAGGCUUCCGUUCGUCAUUAAUGUGCUUUCCAUGUGAUUCUUUAAAGUCUGUGCAGGGUUUUCAUUUUUUUUUCUUUCGUUUUUGCUGUGAACUUUGAACUGGUGUUUAAUUUUUAUUUCCAAAGUUGUGGUUAUAAAAUGUCAGUUUAGAAUUGAAUAUCUGCUGACAUGAAUAUUACAUUUAAUUUCUUGA